AUGGAAUUGAAGGACUGCGAUGAGAGCUUCCGAACUGACUUAGGGUACAAACUGCGGCUGAAAGAGUUUGCCGCCGGUGAUUACAUCUGCAAGAAAGGUGACUUCGGACACGAAUUGUACAUUUUGAGACGAGGAAAUGUGCAAGUGGUUAGUGAUGACGGAGAGCGUGUGCUUGCCACGUUGGCUGAAGGAUCAGUGUUCGGAGAGCUCUGUGUUAUCGAGAAGAGUGAGCAGCUGCGCAAGCCCAUUCAAUCAUGAAAUUGUUCUUGUUCAGGAGUGGAGAAAAGAACGGAUAAUAUAAGAGCUAUCGGACACACGGAAAUCUUCACAUUGCACUUCGCCUGUCUUUGGGACGCGCUCGAUGAUUUUCCAGAAGCAGGAGAAAUUGUUCGGAGCGUUGGACUUGGACUGAGGGAAGAGUAUGAACGGAAUAGAUGAAAGUAAUAAAGUGCGAUAUCGGCAUCUCAAAGUUCUGACAAUGUCGCUCUACCGCAACCUCACGUAAAAACCCGGCCGCAUUCGAGACCAUUCCCUAUUUAGCACUGAAUUCACGUGGAGAGCGAUAGAGAACGAUUGCCAGACUUCCGUGGCUGCAUUAUAUUUAUUUAUCAAAAGUAUUACUGUAAAUAUAUAUCGUUACUCACCUACUUUCAUUGAUAAUAAAACAAUUAAUGUCCCGGUCUUUGUUUCAAUUUCCCGUCAGAUCAGGGCAGAAAAAGCUUGCUGAUAAUUCUUCGAAAAAAUGCGCUGGAUUGUGGAACUGAUAAUACCUGUUUAGAAGGAGCGUUAAGCCGUCUUCCGCUCUCAUUCCGCCUUCAUCUCUUCGCAUCCGUCCAGCUUACAUCAUUUUCAAAUCAGAGCAGAGUACGAGCUCACGCUCCGAUUCUCCCGGUUGACCCGAGUUUUCCGUUUCUGAUUUCAGCUCAGGUGCGGAUGGCGUCAGAAUUAUAUUCCUAUGGAAAAGUCUAGAAAGAUGUUCAACAUCAAUUUCUUUUUUUUAAACGAGAUCUUUGAGUAGCAGAGUGCACCGACCAGCUGGAAACUCUCACAGAUGUCUGCAAGUUUAUGAUGAGCCUAUAACUAAUUACUCGAUACUUCUAUUGUGCAAGAUUCCGUUCGCAUCGGAAAGCUGUAAUCGUAUUUGUUUUUGAGACAGCUUCCGCUGCUCAUCUAGUCUCAUCCUAUCACCUUUUGAUCCCAAACUAAGAUUCACUUCCAAAACUAUCGUGUUAUCGGAAAUGGCCGGUUCUCCGUCCACCCUCACGUCUUCUUACGCUUCUCAUUCGUCCAUUCCCACGCAUCUUCUCAUCAUCUCCCGGGGCAACGAGCUGAUAACUGAUAGCCAGCGAGAAGAUAGCUGCUCGGGAGAGGGGGAGAAGAGCUCUUCCGCGUGUCUGCGCAUCUGCUCCUCUCUUGCGUGACACCUCUCCGUGUAAACGAUGGAAUGCACGAAUUGAGACGACUCCAGACGGGUUCGCCCUUUCCAUUACGCUGUCCAUAUCAGCACGUCAUGUUGCUCUUUCAUGUCACGUUCUCAUCCAUCUUUUUUGCUAAUUUUCUCUUCUAAAGUGCAACUCUCAAGGCUUAUCAUUUGAACGAGUCAUGCUCUCAAAGUUUCGAAAUUCUGCUGAUUUUCAAAUGAGCAUAAUCCCCACCCUCAUCUCUCCAUUUCGCUCAAUUUCCGUUUAUGCUCAUCCGGCUUCCACUUGUCUGUUAUUUCUUCUUCCAUUUAAUCCACUUUUUCCAUUGUUUCCCUUUUAGAAUGCCAGCGGUGGAUGCUCCGGAACCUCCGGCGGCUCCUUCCGCGGAUCCACCAGCUUCUCCUCCACCAACGGCUCCAUCAGAACCUGCACCUUCCGCUCCAACAGCCAAUGGAUUCGGCUUGCCGCAACAGGCGGCCUCCGCAGCUACUCGGUUCGGGCUCCUGACAAAGGUACUAAUUAUAAUCCGUCUAGCUUUCUAAUCACUCUCUAUCUUUUCAGUUGCUAAGGAGGAAAAAUCAAGUGCACAGCGAGGAUUCGCAACUAGCUCAGAACGAGUUUAUGCAGGUUCUCCCCCACGCGAAAGUGCUUUGUUUCACAAUUAUUCCGAGCCUUCCAGAAGUUCAUGUCUAACGGGAAUUCAAACUCAGCUCAGCGGGUCGUUGGUGCACCGACAACAGCUCCUCCGGCGGCCGGAACCGUUUCGACAGCAGCAGCAGAAGCACCGGCGAAUUGCUUGGUCAGACUGAAGAAGUACGUGGCAAAUUACACACAAGAUCCUUCGACGGACAACUUCUAUUAUUGGACAUGUGUGGUAUGUUUUGGCGUCGCAACUAAUUAGACGACAACAGCAUGACUUAGGUGACAUUCGCUUACAUCUACAACCUUCUCUUUGUCAUUGCUCGACAAGUUUUCAACGAUCUCAUCGGACCUUCUUCUCAGUCUUUGUGCAGAUUCUACAAUCAGACUCAGAACAGUACGACACAGAUGGAAUGCAGUUACGAAAUGCUCACGAACAUGAGGGAGAUGCCCACCUACGCCACGUACCCCGAUCUCGGCUGGACCCGAUUCUGGCACUUCCGCUUGCUUUGGAUUCUUUUCGAUUUUUUGAUGGAUUGUGUCUACUUCAUCGACACAUUCCUCAACUACCGAAUGGGUUAUAUGGACCAAGGACUCGUGGUCCGGGACGCCGAGAAGGUGACGGAAGCGUACUGGAAGAGCAAACAGUACAGAGUCGACGGGCUCAGCCUGGUCCCUCUCGACUAUUUGUUCGGAUGGCCAAUUCCGAUGGUCGGAUGGAGGGGUCUUCCGAUCCUCCGAUUGAAUCGGCUGACCAGAUACAAACGAGUGAGGGACUGUCUCGAAAGGACCGAGACUCGCAGUUCAAUGCCCAAUGCCUUCCGCGUCGUCGUCGUCGUUUGGUACAUUGUCAUCAUUAUUCACUGGAACGCGUGCCUCUACUUUUGGAUUUCCGAAUGGAUUGGCUUGGGAACGGACACUUGGGUCUAUGGACAUCUCAACAAACAGAGCUUACCAGAGUUAGUUUGUUCGUUUUUCAAUUUGAGCUGAAAUAUAAUUCCAGUGACAUCACGGAUACUCUUCUCCGUAGGUACGUCUACAGUUUCUACUGGUCCACGCUCAUUCUGACCACUAUCGGAGAGGUUCCCAGUCCUGUUCGUAACGUGGAAUACGUCUUCGUGACGCUGGACCUCAUGUGCGGUGUCUUGAUUUUCGCUACGAUUGUCGGUAAUGUCGGAAGGUGAGAUUCAACUUCAGAGCAGUAUGAAAGGAAUUGAUUCGUAUUCAGUAUGAUCUCCAACAUGAGCGCAGCAAGAACAGAGUUCCAAAACAAGAUGGAUGGUAUCAAGCAGUAUAUGGAACUGCGAAAAGUCAGCAAACAGGUAAGUUCCUCUCAUCUAAUCCCUCCAAAAGGUUCCUUUUUCAGCUUGAGAUCCGGGUCAUCAAGUGGUUUGACUACCUCUGGACGAAUAAGCAAUCUCUGAGUGAUCAGCAAGUACUGAGAGUGCUUCCAGACAAGUUGCAGGCGGAAAUUGCCAUGCAGGUGCACUUUGAGACGCUCCGAAAAGUCCGCAUUUUCCAGGUUACUCGUUCGUUUCUUUUCAAAUCCAAAUGUUAAUUCUAGGAUUGUGAAGCUGGUCUUCUCGCGGAAUUGGUGCUGAAAUUACAGUUGCAAGUGUUUUCUCCGGGUGAUUUCAUCUGCAAAAAAGGCGACAUCGGUCGAGAGAUGUAUAUUGUGAAACGAGGACGUCUUCAAGUGGUCGAUGACGACGGAAAGAAGGUGUUUGUGACCCUUCAGGAAGGUUCUGUGUUCGGAGAGCUCAGUAUUCUCAACAUUGCCGGUGAGCGCAUUUGUUUUCAAUUCGAAACAAAGACUUGUAGGAAGCAAGAACGGAAACCGGAGAACCGCCAACGUCCGAUCCGUCGGAUACACUGAUCUUUUCGUAUUGAGCAAAACAGAUUUGUGGAAUGCACUUCGAGAAUAUCCGGACGCACGGAAACUUCUGCUGGCAAAAGGAAGAGAAAUUCUGAAGAAGGACAAUCUGCUGGACGAGAACGCUCCGGAAGAGCAGAAGACUGUGGAAGAGAUUGCGGAUCACCUGAACAACGCGGUCAAAGUGCUACAGACGAGGUAAUCCAGACGAUUAGUAGAAAAAGAAAGCGGGAAGAAAGGCACAACAAAUGAAUGUUAUAGAAUGGCGAGGCUUAUCGUCGAGCAUGCGAGCACCGAAGGAAAACUGAUGAAGAGAAUAGAGAUGCUCGAACAGCAUUUGAGUCGGUUAGUUAGGAAGUAGGGGGGAGCUGACGGGAAGUUUUAUAUGAGCGAGUACACAAUAAACACUGGAGUUCCUCUUCUAUCGUGAGCGCAUUUUCAGCUACAAGGCGAUGGCUCGCCGUCAGAAGAGCAUGCACGGAGCAUCGAUCGACGGCGGAGACAUCUCUUCCGAUGGCUUCGAAGAACGGUCCCGUCCGCCACGUCUCCGUCAGGCCAGAACAAUCGACUUAUCAGGAAUUGAGAACGAAUCUCUCCUCAAAUGA